UUCUGAAAAUUAGUUGGGGUACUCCGUACCCCUGUGUCCCCCCACAAGUCGAGCACUGGAAAUCAUCGAGUAAUGCAUACUCUAUGGAAGAAACUCUUGUCUAUCCGCUGCAGCAUUGCAAUGGUCGUUUAUUUUUUAUUGCGCGAAAUGUUAUCACAUUAGUCCGUUAAUCGUUACCGUCGUUCCUCGUUUCCGAUCUUUUCAUUUUAGGUAUUUAUAAAUUUAUAAUAAAGAUGGCCGAAUAUCAGCAACACAACGACCCACUGCAACAAAAUGGCUGGGAACAACACUUAUAUGAUACCGCCGAUAAUUGUGACUACAACACAAAUUUCGAAAAUCCGAGAACUAUGAAAGAAAGAAAGAUAUAUGUUGGAUAUAUUGACAAAAAUACAACUGAAAAAGAUUUAGUUGAACAUUUUAAGCAAUUUGGGGAAAUUAGUAAAAUUACAUUAAAAAUCCCUAUUGCCUUCAAUCGUCAAGCAUUUGCUUUCAUUUUGUUCAAAGAUUCGAAAGCUGUAUCUAAGGUAUUGGCAUGCAAAAAUCAUGUGAUUAAUAAUAAGACAGUUACUUCUAGAAGAGCUUUAUCAAGACAUUAUAAAUUAUAUAUUCGUGGAUUAUCUCCUAAUUUAUAUUUUUCGGACAUUAAGAAUUAUUUCAAACGUUUUACUACUAAUUUAUAUGUUAAGAUACCAUAUGAUUAUGCAAAAAGAGUACGAAAAGAUUUUGGUUUUAUUUCAUUUGAUAACCCGCAGAUAAUUGAUGAUAUUUUAAGUGCAUCACCUCAUGUGAUUAAUGGAACAAAAGUUGAAGUAGAAAAAAUUCAAAAAAGAAAUAGAUAUGAUACAAAAACUUAUGAAAAUUUGAGAAAAACACCAUCCAAUAUGUAUGAUGAUGAAGAUUUUCUACCACAAAAUAGUUAUGUCGUUCAAGCUCCUUAUUAUGUUAAUAUUGGAUAUAAUCCUUACAAUCAGUUUAGUCCAUAUGGUUAUCAAUGCCCCUAUUAUGGUUACCCGUACCUUUAUUAUGAUUAUCCAAGUUAUGAUACUUAUACUGCUGCUGAUUACCAGAAUGAGUAUUAUGAACCAUUUAUGACAGAUGAUACCUUGUCUGAAAUUACUGAAGAUCGAGAUUACAAUUAUGAAUACUAUGAACCCAUUGAAAUUGUUGAAGAAGUUUCUGAAAAUAUUAUAGAAAAAGAUAUCCCUGAAAUGGAGCCAGUCAAGGAUGAAGUAGAAUGAAAUACGUAUUGCUAAGCCAACUACCUAUACAAUUAUAAUACGAGAAUUUGCAGUUUUGUUAUACUUUUAAUUAUUUUAUACAAUUUUGUACCUUUUUUGAGCCCAUUUAAUUUAAUUUUUGAGAAGGGUAUUCUCACAAAUUAUUUGCCCUAUAACUAUGUAUUGAAUAAAGAUUAAAUUAUUAUACUUUAAUAAUAAUUUGUUUUAAUUUAUAUCAUAAAAACUUAUGUAUAUUAUAGCUGACUCAUCAAAC